GGAUCGUAUCAUUCUGGCAAGAUAGAUGGGAUAAAGAUGGUCAUGAGUGGCCAAUGAAACGCCCCGUGAUUCCGAUCGCUUGUCGUAGCGAAAGCUUUGGUUCGACUCUUUCCGUAUGCCAGGCCUCCGACCUCAACCUCCAACUCUUGGGAAAAUCAAAUCCUCCCUCGUCCUUAUCUCCUCCUCUCCACCCCCACACCCACCCCCUCUAGCGGUCGUCCUCUAUUGCAAUUGAUUGCAAUUGCCCGUCUCGCCAUGUCUCUCUCCUCCGCUUCCAGCUCUCUCCUGCGCGCUUGCGCCCGGCAACAACUGCCCUCCUCUUCUCGCGCCGCCAUCGCCUCCUGCCAGCAGCGGAGGGGAGUCGCUGAUGCCUCCAAGUCCACCUUCGACAGCCCCUUCGGCAGCUCCAAGGACUACUCCUCCACCCUGAAGAUUCCCGAUUUCAGCAAAUACAAGUCCAACAAGCCCCCCCGCUCCAACCAGGUCUUCUCUUACUUCAUGGCCGGCUCCCUCGGUCUGGCCUCUGCCGUCGGUGCUAAGGCUACCGUCCAGGACUUCUUGGUCAACAUGUCCGCCUCCGCCGACGUCCUCGCCCAGGCUAAGGUUGAGAUCGGCCUCGGUGCCAUCCCUGAGGGCAAGAACGUCAUCAUCAAGUGGCGUGGUAAGCCCGUCUUCAUCCGUCACCGCACCCAGGAGGAGAUCGACGAGGCCCAGAAGACCGAAUGGCAGUCUCUCCGUGACCCCCAGGCCGACGAGGACCGUGUCCAGAAGCCCGAGUGGCUUGUCAUGCUUGGUGUCUGCACUCACCUUGGUUGUGUCCCCAUCGGUGAAUCUGGCGACUUUGGCGGCUGGUUCUGCCCCUGCCACGGUUCCCACUACGACAUCUCCGGCCGUAUAAGAAAGGGACCCGCUCCCCUGAACCUCGAGGUUCCUCAGUACAGCUUCCCCUCCGAGGAGACCCUCGUCAUCGGUUAAACGAUUUGAAUUGUUUCGAUCCAAGACCGCGGUUUGGGUGAUGGCCGUAAAGAGCAGAAGUAGAAGGGGAGGGAGGAGGGAAAGGUUUGUGCUUUAGAUGAAAUCUCUCUCUCUGUCUGUCUUGUCAAGAUUAAAGAGACCUUGUGUUUUUAAUAUGGACCCUGAAAAAUGAGCCUCUUGUUCUAUUACUUUUCAACCUUUUGCUCAUAGAGCUUGUACCACUCACUCAUUGUCUGCGGGGCCCAUUUCAUCUUCUGGGUAUAGAAUUCUGUCACUUGGCCUUUUCUGCUCUGUGAUUUGUUUUCACGGGUCAGAGAACUGAUUGAUAGAUGGGACAUAGAUGUGUAUCUAUCGUCUGUCUGUUUUGUAUGUCGAUUUUGAGUACAUGUGUUUGCUACUGAGUUAUGGCUGUGUUUAUUUGUUUCGUAUAGUAUAGUACUAUAUUCAUCAUUACCGUUUCCUUUGUCA